CACAUACACAAUCACAUACUGUAAAUAAUGUCACACUGAUUUUAAAUGAAACGACGGGCUUGGCUGUGUCAACGUUACCGGAUCUUCUCGUAUUCCCCCACUCUUUCGCCUGUGAUCAUCAGUAUUUUUUCCAGCAGGAUAAUAGUUCACGGGUUGGCGGCUGUCUAUCCAUUAACCGGCUGUAUUGCAGUGCUGGCUUCAGUUGUGCCCAUCCGACAAUGUCAAAUUAAGACCGUCUUCACUAACAGCGCCAUGAAAGAAUAAUCGCUUUCCAAAUUCGGAGACGGACGGGUAAAUACCGGGAUAUUUAAACGUCAGGAAGUCUGACCAAUCCAUGCUGAUGUCACCUGUUUACCUCCUCUACACUCUCUAUGUGUGUUCAGUUCAUCCAUUCCUCUGAAAAGGUCAUGAAAGCUCCUUAUUCCUGGUCCCAUUGACCCCUGACAACCUUCUGACACGUGUUCCUGUCAUCAUCAACCCACUCCUGCUAUGCAGUCAUGAGCUCUGCUCUAUGGAGCCAGGAGAAGCCUGCAGGCAGUUUCCGGGAUGACUGGCGCUUUUACAUUGUGGUGAAGGAAUGCACUGUGGAAAAGCCAGGCCAGAAGACCCAGCGCAUCCCACGUGGCAGCCUUGGCCAGGUGUGCCAGGAACGCAACAGCCUCGGCCGCACUAUCCCGCCAAGCAAGGGGAAGCGCAGCCUCCGUAUCCUGGACCAGACGAAUGUGGUGGUGAGCCUGGAUGAGCAAAACGUGAUGGAGCUCGAGGAGAAGCUAGCGGAGCUUCUUUUUCCCAUCACCAACUGUGAGGAGCGUUACAGCCUGCUGUGCAACAGAGCACGUCUGGACAGGGCCCGUGACAUCGGCUGCGGAUCAAAAGUGCGAGUUCAGCUGAGGUCUGGCGACGAGCCGCUUCCAGGCGUGGUUCGCUUUAAAGGAGCCUUGCUGCCUGACCGAGCAUUGAGUGGGAUCUGGUUUGGUGUUGAAUUGCUAGAGGAGGGCCGGGGUCAGGGUUUCACCGAGGGCUCUUAUCAGGGUCAGCAGCUGUUUCGAUGUGAAGAUGAAUGCGGUGUCUUUGUUGCAUUGGAUAAACUUGAGCUUUGGGAAGAUGAAGAGCUGGAAGUGGAUCGUGUGACGCUAGUGGAUAAUGACCCGGAAAUGGAAGGUGAAAUCCCACCACUGGAGAUCAACUCUAGAGUGUUGGUACAGACACGGGACGGCCCAGAAAGGGGCACUGUUAUCUUCUGUGACUUACUGCCUGGCAAUGAGAGUCUCGGAUAUUACGUUGGUGUUGAUAUGGGGCCGUUCACACUGUACCAUCCUUGCAUGCCACCAACGCAGGACAAUCCCAUUGGAGACUGGGAUGGGAUCAUCGACGGCAAACUGCUGUGUAAUUUUGCUAGUCUUGAACACACCCGUCUCGUCCCCAUCUGUGAUGUGAUGCCAGAAUACUCCAUGCAAGAUCCGAGGCUGCCCAAAGUCUUUGCCAGCAGGGGCGGCAGUGACAAGCCUGGCAGCCAGAGCAAACCAAAGAGCAAAGGAUUAGGCCUACAGCCUGGCAGCAAGAGCAAGUCUGAGUUUUAUUAUACGCUAAAUGGCAGCUCGGUCGAUCACCCUGCUCAGUCCAAAGCCAAAAGCACAUGGUACAUAGAUGAAGUCGGUGAGGACCCAGCCAAAUCAUUGACGGACAUGCCCCCAGACUUCAACCCGACCUCAUCCCCCUCUCGAGCUCCUCCUACAACCACCUCGCUGUCCAAUGAUAACAAGUUCCACUCUUUGCCCUUCAGUUUGAGCCGCAAAGUUGGCCCCAAUGGGAGCAUGAGCCAUGGCCCCCUGUCCUUGUCUGCAGGCUCAGUGAUGGGGGAGCAGCAGGAGGUCUCGCCACCGGCAGCCACACCUUCCCAGAGGCCACCGUCUCCCCCACAAGGCCAGCCAGGGUUAGAGGUCGGGUCAAUGGUGGAGGUCAAAGAGAACCCACCACUGUGUGGGGUCAUUCGCUGGGUUGGUCUGCCUUCAGGACUACAGGAGCCACUUGCUGGGCUGGAGCUGGAGGAGGAGUGUGUGGGCUGCACUGAUGGCACAUUUAAAGGGAUACGUUAUUUCACAUGUCCACCUAAGAAAGCUCUGUUCGUCAAACUGAAAUGCUGCAGACCUGACUCACGAUUCCCAUCCUUACAUCAUUCACCCAACCCCAUAGAACGAUGCAACUCUAUAGCAUUUGGGGGUUACCUGAGUGAAGUAGUUAAUGAGAACACUCCUCCUCGGACGGAGAAUGAUGGCUUGGAGGUGAUGGUGGGAAAGAAGAAAGGAAUUCAAGGACAUUAUAACUCCUGCUAUCUGGACUCCACUCUAUUUUGUCUUUUCUCUUUUAGUUCUGUGUUGGAUACGGUGCUCCUGAGGCCCAGAUCUAAGACCGAUGUGGAAUAUUACAAAGAGACACAAGAGUUGCUGCGCACAGAAAUUGUCAACCCACUGCGGAUACAUGGGUAUGUGUGUGCCACUAAAAUCAUGAAACUUAGGAGGAUAUUGGAGAAAGUUGAGGCGGCGUCAGGAUUCACUUCAGAAGAGAAGGAUCCUGAGGAAUUCCUUAACAUCCUGUUUCAUCACAUCCUGAGAGUUGACCCACUUCUCAAACUACGGUCUGCAGGGCAGAAGGUGCAGGACUGUUACUUCUAUCAAAUCUUUAUGGAUAAGAAAGAUAAAGUGCUGGUGCCAACCAGCCAGCAGCUACUAGAAUGGUCCUUCAUCAACAGUGACCUCAAAUUUGCAGAGGCACCCUCUUGCCUUAUAAUCCAGAUGCCUCGCUUUGGGAAGGAAUUUAAGAUGUUUAAUAAGAUCUUUCCUUCUCUGGAGCUUGACAUCACAGAUCUGUUAGAUGACACCCCCAGAGAAUGUCGGAUAUGUGGUAGUUUAGCUCUUUAUGAGUGCAGAGAGUGCUAUGAAGAUGGCGACAUCACACCGGGAAAGAUUAAACAGUUCUGUGAAAAGUGCAAUACACAGGUACAUAUGCACACACGACGUAAGGCUCAUCGGUAUGUUAAGUUAUCUGUACCUAAAGAGCUGCAGGAGUCAGCAUGGAGACAGGGUUCUUACCCUCACCAGCAGAUGGAGCUAUUUGCCGUGCUCUGCAUUGAAACAAGCCACUAUGUCGCCUUCGUCAAAUACGGAUCUGCAGACUCUGCCUGGCUCUUCUUCGACAGUAUGGCUGACCGUGAUGGUGGCCAGAAUGGGUUUAACAUUCCACAGGUGUCCCCAUGCCCAGAAGUAGGGGCCUACCUGAAGAUGACCCCUGAGGAGCUUCAUGCGCUGGACCCCAAGAACAUCCAGGGCUUUGCCCGCAGACUUCUCUGUGAUGCUUAUAUGUGCAUGUACCAGAGUCCUACUAUGAGCCUCUAUAAAUAGAGAGAGAGAAAUAAAGAAAGAAGGACAGAAAUGUAGAAAAGUAAAGAGGGGGAAUGGCAGAGAUUGGGAGAGAUGACAGAAAGAAGGAACAGAGGAAAGUAUGCAAGCAAGGGGCUGUGGUACAGGAAAGUGUGAUGGUGCCCCGGAAAACACACACCGACGCACCCUUGUGAUCGAACAAACCACAUACAGCCUCUCCAGUCAUCUCAUCCUCUCUUCUGCAUUUCUCUGUACAUACUACAGGGUAAAUACGUGCAUGAGAGCGAGGGAGACUUCAAGAAAACAAAAGGAAAAAAAAGCCUAUUUGCACUGUGUGGGAGCGUAUGUGUUUGUUGAAAUGUUGUUUUCUCUUCUUUGUGCUGUCUUUGGCUGAACUCAAACUCUUGAGUGUGUCUCACUCCUGUAAUGUUGUUUGAGCAUGGAGAGAAUCCGCUUAAGAAUCCACACUUUUUCCAGCCCUCAGGCAUAUCGCGGACACUCACUCGUUUGAUUGCUUCAUAUUCUCUAGCUAUCACCAGAACUGACCCCUCUAAACACCAACAUAUUCUCCCCUUGUAAAUGAAGCUGUGGAUGAAUGACCUUACCUUCUGUCUGAACACCUCCACUCUUGUCCACCAACUCAUCCAAUGCAAUGCAGCAUCCAGCCUUAUUUAUCUUGCAGACGCAUUGUGUGUCUAGUCCCUGUUUUUUUGCCUUUAAAUUUUGCUGGUGUGUUCACAUACAGCAGAGCCCUUGACUGCCAUGCACUGGUCACAUGUCACAGAUCAAGACCGAAUAAUGAGACAGUGAUUGAAAAAAGCACACACAUAUUUUUGGAAUACAGUUUGUUUUGUCUUUUUUCCACAUUAUGAAUAUGAUUGAUCUUUGUCUUGUUGAAACAGGAACUAUAACUGAAGUAUUGGCUUUCCCAUAACUUGGUUUAUAUAAAUAUUGAGAUUGUUAUUUUAAAUUAUUGCAAUAAUAAUAACAGAAGUUCCUUAUGCUCCUGAUGUCUUAAACAGUUAGGGUGUGCAUAAAAAAUCUAUUUAAUUACAGAUACAGGUCAAAACUUGAAAGAUAAAAUAAUAUAAAGUGUUAUGAUAUUCCAGAAGUUAAAGUUUUCCAGUCAAGGACACGUUAAAAGAGCUAUGAUUAAAGGAAUAUUCCGUAUUUUAAUACAGGUUAAACUCAAUCGACAGCAAUUGUGGUAUAAUGUUGAAUUCCACAAAAGAAUAUUCCACAAAAUAAUAUAAUGUUGAAUUCCACAAAAGAAUAUUUUUAACUCGUCCACCGUUUAUUUAAAAAUCAUGGUUACAGUCAGUCAUUUUUAUUUGUAUAGCGCCUUUCACAACACGCAUCGUUUCAGUGCAGCUUUACAGAAAAUCAUGCAUUAACAGAAAAUUAAACUAAUAUCUAUAAUGUCUUAGAGUCAUCAUUGUGUAGUUUGAUUAAAAUACGAUUUUGAACUGUUUAAAAAUAAGUAAUUAAAUAAUAAUUGCAUUUAUAACACCAAUGAGCAAGCCGAAGGCGACUGUGGCAAGGAACACAAAACUCCAGAAGAUGCUGGUUAAUGGAGAAAAAUAACCUUGGCAGAAACCAGGCUCACUGUGGGAGCCAGUUCCCCUCUGGCUAAACAACAUGAAUAUAAUGCCAAUAUAACUUAAUUAUGUAUAGUGCAAGUCAUGGUUUAAAAUGAUUAAACUAAGUGUUAAGGGUAAGUGUUUAAACAAAGAUUUUGUAUGAACUGUAAGAUUAAUGACGAAUGUCUUUGAAGUCCAUCCUGGAUUAACUGCAGAAGUUCACAUAGAUGCACUGUCCUUGUACAGUCCUUGAGGCACUUACAAUGGAAGUAAAUGGGGCCAGUCUUUAAACAUUCAAAUACACACUGUGUAUAGCCACAAGAUGUAAACUUUAUGUGUGUUAACAUGAUUUAAGUGUGAUUCAACCUCUGUUCUAUAUGAUUUUAGUGUGAUAAAAUCACUAAAAGGGUUUACAUUGUUCUGUCAUCGUGGCAACAAAGUUGUAAUAUUGAAUAUAACUUUACACUGAUAAGGUUAGUAAGCCAUUUUAUCAAUCCAAAAUCUUCAUAACCUGUAUAAUGUUUACGUCUUGUAGCUAUUCUUUUGAAACAAUGUGUAUUUUAAUGUUUACAGACUUGCCCCCAUUCACUUCCACUGUAAGUGCCUUCCUGUAAAUGGGAUUUUUGCUUAUUUCUAAAUAAAUGAAGGACAAGUUGAAAAUAUAUAUAUUUGGUGGUAAUCAGUCAUAUGCCACAAAUGCUGUUGAUUGAGCUUAACUUGUAUUGAAAACAGUAAUAUUAAAUGCCUUUUAAAUGUAUUGUUUGUACAUGAAGUACUCUGGUCAGUGUUAAAUUCAGAGGCUGACUCGGCAAGAGCUUGCUCAUGCUAUACUGCAGUGCCAUUGGCUAAUCCGCAGUAACACUGUCCAUUGAGAUACUGGCUUAAUGUACAGUGCAGAUGUUUGCUAAAGGUUAGUGGAUUGUUUACACAGACCUGGUUUAUACUAAAGAAUUCUCUCAGAAUUAGAAAAUGUGUGAUGUAUUACUCAGCACAUGUAUUGGGAUUGUUUUUUAAUCUCUGCUGAUGUAACUGUACACUAUGGGAGAGAUUCUCUGAGAGGCUGUAAUGGGAGAAUGGAUGAAGACUGGUGUAUCUGUAUAAAAUGAAGCCAGGUGGACUUUAUUAUCUCUGUGCUGUUCUCUUAAAUGUUAACUAAAUUAAAAUGCCAUAUUAAAAAAGAA